AUGUCUUGGAAUCGUCUCAUUCGCUUCGUUGACGACAACGACGUCGAGCACUUUGGCGAGCCUGAGGUGCAAGACGAACCAGAGAUUACCUCGCUUCUUGACAAGAGUGACUUGUGGGCUACUAUCUACGAUGGUGCCAGUCCUGUCUCACCCCUGGCCAAGGGCGAGCGGGUGCAUGUCAAGGCCCUGAGACCGCUCCUUACACCAAAGGACGUUCCGAUCAUUCGAUGCAUUGGCCUCAACUAUGUUAAGCACAUCAAGGAGGGUGGCCGGACCCCACCUCCGUUCCCCUCACUCUUCAUUAAGCCCGCAACAUCAGUCGCUGCAUGGAAUGAGGACGUGCCGAUCCCCAAGGUUGCACAGGACGGAACCGUCGAUUACGAGGGUGAACUUGCCUUUGUAAUUGGAAAGUCGGGCAAGAACAUCCCCAAGGAAAACGCGUUGGAAUAUGUCGCUGGCUACCUCACCGCAAACGACGUAUCAGCAAGAGCCUGGCAAAGAGACCCUGCAAAGGCUGGCGGCGUGCCCCAGUGGUGCUUCAGCAAGGGUUUCGAUAAGUUCGCCCCCUUCAGCCCUGUUCUGGUCUCUCCGGCAGUGGUUGGCAACGCCAGCGACCUGUUGCUGCAGACCUUUGUCAACGGCGAGGAGCGACAGCACGAGAGCACGGGCGACUUGCUCUUCGGCGUGGAGGAGAUUGUCAGCUUCCUCAGCCAAGGAACGACGUUGGAAGCCGGCACUGUGGUGUUGACUGGGACGCCGUCGGGUGUUGCUAUGGGUAUGAAGCCCCCGAAGUACUUGAAUGAUGGGGAUGUGGUGGAGGUAAGGAUAAGUAAGCUUGGCAGUGUAAAGAACAAGAUGGUGUUUGAGUAG